AUGUGUGUAUGCGCGUCCGACUGCGUAACGCCCAUGAAGCGGGACACCAAAGGUAAGUUGUCUUAUGACAUGGAACCGGCAGAGCAUCGCUUGUCUUCCUCGCGCUCGUCGUCCUGUAAUGUGGUAAUGACAGCUGCUGAUGAACUCGCCAUGCAAAUAAACGACUGUCGAAGCCUUUUCCCGUGUAUCGAUGCGGGGAGUGCUGUGGCUUCGAUUAGGCCCACAUCCCCAAGUGGGCGCACGGUUGUUGCCAGAGUGCCAUGGACGAAAAGCACAGGCACAACGCAAACCCCAGCACCAGAACCAACACGAUGUGCAGUGGAGGUGCGAUUUGGUUACGCCGAGGGAUUUGUCUGCGACGAAAAGGUGUAUGAGGCGCUACUCCCGCUGUUGCUGGAAAAUGGCCUGCAGGGCGCUGCCUGCGUGGUAGACUCGGAUGUCAGCGACUCGUGA